UAUGACUAUGACAGAAGAAAAAGAACUCUUACUGGUACAUGAAGUUCACUUUCUAUCUAUUUUAGAAACAAAUCAAUCAGAGUAGACGCAGAAAACUGAUCAAACCAUGGAGUUUAGACCAACUCUUUCCAUCUUUCUUCAUGCCCUUCUUUUGUGUCAGUUUCUGAGUGAAAGCAGAGCCAGAGACAUUGCAAAAACUUCUCCAAGAGAAACUCUAAAUCCACAACUCAAUAUUUUCUUUACUCCAAAAGAUUUAAAAGUUGGAAAAAUUAUGCCUCUUUUUUUUGCCCUAAAAGACCCUUCAACUUCUCCUCAUUUACUUCCUAGAGAAGAAGCAAAUUUAAUCCCAUUUUCUUCAUCAAAUCUUCCUUUUCUUCUUAAAUUUUUCUCAUUUUCUAAAGAUUCAAAUCAAGCAAAAGCUAUGGAAGACACAUUUUUCCACUGUGAAAUCUCAGCAAUGAAUGGAGAAUCCAAAUUCUGUGCUACUUCUUUAGAAUCUAUGCUUGAUUGGGUUCGAGAAAUUUUAGGAUUUAAUAGCAAACUCGAUAUUUACACAACAGAAUUCUUGAAAAAAUCCCCUGUUUCCUUACAAAAUUACACAAUUUUGCAAAAACCAAAGGAGAUUUUAGUGCCUAAAUUAGUUGCUUGUCAUACUUUGCCUUACCCUUAUGCUGUUUUCUAUUGCCAUAUGCAAAAAGGGGAAAAUAAAUUAUUCAAGAUUUCACUUUUGGGUGAAAAUGGAGAUAGAAUUGAAGCUGCUGCAAUUUGUCAUAUGGAUACAAAAGAAUGGAAUCAUGAUCAUGUUGCUUUUAAAGUGUUGAAAGUUCUUCCUGGAAGUUCCCCUGUUUGUCAUUUUUUUCCAGUAGAUAAUCUUGUUUGGGUUCCAUCAUUAUCUAUGUAAAUUUCUACUAUGUACUAGCCAGUAUUUUGUUAACUUGCUCCGACUUUUAAAAAAUCUUAUUUGGUGCAUGUUGGAUCUUUUAAAAAUUAUGUAUUUUUAGAAGAUUUAAUAUGUGUGCCGCAAUAUUUGUAAAAAGAUCAAGCAACAUAGUAAGUGUUUUGUGGUACUCUUGUUUAAAUUCAGUGAUAGCCCCAUAUAUAUUUGCAU